AUGCGUGAUUUAUAUGACGCUGACAGCAUCCACAGUGAAAGAUACCCGCUUACAAGUCAACUGGUUGAAGAUAAUCGUAUUCCUGAGUUUGACUGCUUAUACUUGGAUAUGAAUGGUAUCAUCCACACUUGCGCUGCAAAUACAGGCCAAGGAUCCGUACGCAAGGUUAAUGAGACUGAUAUGGUACAGAAUAUAUUCAAGUACAUUGAAUUUCUCUUCUCGAAAAUUAGACCUCGCAAGACAUUCUUCAUGGCCGUUGACGGUGUUGCUCCUCGUGCCAAGAUGAACCAGCAACGUAGCCGUCGAUUUAGAACUGCUCAAGAACACGCUGAAAACCUUACAAAAGCUGAACGUUUGGGUGAAAACAUUGAUGACGCAUUCAACAGCAACUGUAUCACUCCAGGAACCACUUUCAUGGCUAAGCUCUCCCAGCAACUCAAAUAUUUCGUUCACAAGAAAAUCUCCGAGGAUGCUUUAUGGCAGGGCAUUGACGUUAUCUUAUCUGGCCACGAAGUUCCUGGUGAAGGAGAGCACAAGAUCCAGGAAUUCAUUCGUCUUACUAAGGCUCAGCCUCAUUACAACCCUAACAUGAGACACUGUCUUUACGGUUUAGACGCUGAUCUCAUCAUGCUCGGCCUUCUCUCCCACGAGCCUCACUUCUGUCUGCUUAGAGAGGAAGUUACUUUCGGUCCACAGAAAAAAAAGAAGAGUGAAGGCCUUGAACAUCAGAAGUUUUACUUGAUGCACCUCUCGCUCUUCCGUGAAUACUUGGACCUUGAGUUUAAGGAAAUUAGGCACACACUCCCAUUCGACUAUGAUUUGGAGAGAAUCAUCGAUGACUUUAUCCUCCUCGCUAUUCUCGUCGGUAAUGAUUUCCUUCCGCAUUUGCCUGGUUUUCACAUUAAUGACGGCGCACUUGAGCUCUUGUUCUCAUCUUACAAGAAGAUAUUGAAAGACGCCGGUGGAUACAUCAAUGUACUUGGAAACAUCAACUUCAACCGUUUGCAACUCGUCAUGAACCAUCUUCACGACUUUGAAAAGACCGUGUUCAAGGAUGAAAUGGUUGACACUGAUAUGGCUAAUGGUCCAGUUAGUCAACACACUCCGCUAGUCCUUGAAGAGGGCAAGACCACCAUGACCACUAAGCAGGCUAAAUUGCAUGAAAUGCUCACUCAAAGUAUCACCUCUGGAUCCCUCUCACAGAAGGGUGGCUUCUUGGAGUUGCCACUCCCACUUGGCGAAUCUGAAAGGGAAUACCUGCAUGCAAUUUCUGAAAAUUUCAGCCUCGUCCUUGAAUAUGAUCACUUUGCCGCAGACGGCGUACCCAAAGCUGUGGUCAGAGUCCCUGUAUCAGCUACCAAACGCGAAGGUCUAUCAGCAGCACAAAGAAUCGGCAUGGCGCUUGAUGACAACUCCUCUGAUAGCGAAAUUGAAAACGACCUCAACAAUCCAGAUGCUCUCGAGGAUGAAAUGGAGAAUCUCCAAGUCAGCGGUUUCAGUGCCAACUUCAUGAAAUCUUUCACAGCUUUGAAUCCACGCAAGGUUGUUGACGAUCCAGAAGAAAUCUACGAAGAACAAGAAAAUGCCAUUGAUAGAAGCUUCGAAGGUCGAUUCAAGGGUUGGAAGGAAGAGUACUACAGCAGCAAGCUGGGUUUCAAUAAGACAUCGCAACCUGAACAAGUUAGACGACUGGUACAGCGCUAUGUCGAGGGUAUUCAAUGGGUUAUUAAGUACUACUACGAGGGCUGCGUUUCUUGGGGCUGGUUUUACGACUACUACUACGCACCAAAAAUCUCAGAUAUCGUUGAUAUGGGAGAUAUUAAGUGCGAAUAUGAAAAAGGCUUUCCGUUUAAGCCGUUUGAACAGCUCAUGGGUGUUCUCCCAUCUGCUUCUAAAGAGUUGGUGCCUCUUGUAUACAGAGACUUGAUGACAGAGGAGACAUCACCAAUUAUCAAGUUCUACCCUGAGAAAUUCGAAAAGGAUAUGAAUGGCAAGAAGCAGGAAUGGGAGGCUAUCAUCAAGAUUCCCUUCAUCGAUGAACAACUCUUACUCGGUACUAUGAGAAGAGUGGAGCAAGCCUUGACCCCAGAAGAGAGACUCCGCAACUCGUUUGGUGAUGCAACAAUUUUCAAGUAUGAUGGCACCAGAGAGGGCCAGAAGUACGAAUCGACACAUGAAAAGUUCACCACCAUAGUCAACGAUAAGUGUAAUGAGUGUGUCUAUACUCUUCCAGCUCUCGGCGAAGGUGCUUUCAGACAGGGUUUGGUGCCACACGCACGUAGUGGUAAACAAGCACUUGCUGGAUUUCCCACCCUCUACAAUCUAGAGUUCGAGUCGCUGCUCCACAAGCAUGGCGUUAUGGUGUUCAACCAGCCAUCGAGAAAGGACUCUAUCGUGAUUGUGACCGUCAACAAGUAUGAGAAUCACACUGCUAAGGAUGUCGCUGGGUCCUUGCUGGGUAAGAGGGUCUUCAUCAAUUGGCCUUUCUUGCAGGAAGCGUUCGUUGCCGGUAUUAGCGACGAGAAUGCCAAAUACACUCUUGAGGGAAAUAUCGUACAAGAGGAAGCUAGCUUAUCAGCAAAGUUUGCUAGAGACAGCGAACGUCUGGAGACCACUUACUCCAAGAGCCGCGCUGUACGUAUCGGUGUGGUUGAUAUCAUGGUUCAUGCGCGUCCUUUGAAGGGUCUCAAGAGAAAACUCUCAGGCGAACUCGUCAAAGACUACGAAGAGAAUGAGCAACAGUAUCCGCUACAGACUACCGUGCUUGAAGUAGAGUCUGAAGAUGAGCGUUAUUUGGAGCAAGCCGCGCCACCACUUGAAGAGGAGUUCUCUGUCGGUACGCAGUUGUUCUUCUUAGGCGUGAAAUACGGUUCGCCCGCUACAGUCGAAGCAGCCGACAACAAGAGCAACACUAUGACACUACGUCUUGUUCUCAUGCCUAAUCUUACUGAAAGACCUAAAUUUAACGCGAUUGGCAAAGCUUCGAACAGCGAGAAUUACUACAUCUCACCAAAAGUGGCACAGCUCCAUCGUAUUCAAUCACUCACUUUGUCAAAGAUCACUUCUGCAUUGACUAUUGUAGGACCUGAUGGUAAAAACAUCAACAUUGGUCUUAAUCUCAAGUUUGAAGCUAAGGGUGAGAAGGUGGCGGGUUAUACGCAAAAGAACCAUGUUGGUUGGGAGUAUUCCGAUAAAGCCUCUGAACUUGUUGGAGAGUAUAAACAAAAUUUCCCCGAAGUAUUUAUGCGUCUUGAUAGAAACAAGGGUGUCAACAACUACGACGAAAUAUGGCAAGAUCAAGAUGAAGCAGCUGUGCGUUUGGCAGAAAUACAAAAGUGGCUCAAGGCCAAGAAGGUCAAUACAUUCGAGACAGUCUCUCUAUUCGUCAACCAAAUGUCAACCGAGUCUAUAGCCCAAGUCGAGAAGCUUUCCGAGGAUUUAGCUGAUGCGAGUAAGAAAGUCGAGCCAAAGAAGGCGAUAGUGAAGAACGUUCCUCGCCACGCUGUCCUCAAGCCAAACCACGCAUCUACGCGUAUUAUCAACCAGCAGUUCAGACUUUGUGACAGAGUGGUGUAUGUCGCCGACCACGGCAAGGUGAACUUGACGUCGAGAGGCACAGUCGUUGGAAUAGCAUCAAACAAUCUAAUCGAUGUGGUUAUGGAUGAGCCCUUCAUGAGUGGCACGACGCUUGGCGGUAAAUGUAGCGCUUACAGGGGUGCGACGAUACCUUCAUAUGCCGUGCUCAACCUUAGUAAUGAGCAGUAUGUGGCUAGCAUGGAUGGAAUGGCCGAGAAUGCGCAGUAUGAAAAGCCCGCUCCACCAUUCAAGAGACAGAUUGGACCGCGUCCGGCAUUGGGUGGUGAUCGCUAUGUGAAGCCAGCGACUUCAGCACCGCAGGAACACUUCUCACCAGGACCGAAAUCUGGCUAUAAUGGUGCUCACAAAGGACGUUUCAAUCAACAGCAGCCAUCUUCUCAUCAGAAAAAUCUCGCUGACGCAUUGAGUUUGGGUGGCGGUGCCAGUGGUCCGAAUGCUGUUGGCAGACAGCCCAAGUUUAGCGGUCGUCCUCUGCCUCCACAUCAACAGAUGCAGCAAAUGCAGCAACUACAGCAACCACAGCAGCCUACUUUUAGACCGCGUCCACCGCCACUUAAUUAUGACAGACCUGCUUUCUCUGGGUCUUCUGUGUCAGCUCAACCAGCUCAACCAACUCUACCAAGAAACAGAGCACCUCCACCUCAUAUGGCGAACCCAGCCGGUAGCAACAGAGCACCUCCACCUCAUCUUCUCAGUCAGCAGCAGCAGCAGCAUCCGACAUCUUUGCAGUUUGGUGAUCACAACAUACCAAUCACGCACGCUUCAGAGAACCAUGGUAGUGCCGGUGGCAGAGGUGGUAAUAGAGGUGGUAAUAGAGGUAGAGGUGGAUUUAGAGGCAGAGGAGGCUACAGGGGUAGAGGAGGCUACCAGCAGGACUAG